GAGGGUGUGUAGGAAGGGGCCGCUGGAACUAAUCGUCUGUGAAAGAGGCAGCUUUUUCACACCGUUUUCACCACGCCGCCCACCUGCGAACUCAACAUGUGUCGGGGUUUAUCUGGACUCCCCACCAGCUGCUUAGAAAGAGCCAAGGAGUUCAAAACCCGUUUAGGGAUCCUGCUUCAUAAACCAGAGCUGGGACAUAAGAUUGGGAAUUGGAACCACAGCACAAAACACAGAUAUGCCUUGGAAGAAGUGCUCGGAUGGAAGGAAUCUUUUGACCAUUUAUUGAAAAGUAAAAAUGGGAUGGCAGCAUUCCAAGGCUUCCUUAAAACAGAAUUCAGCGAUGAAAAUCUGGAGUUCUGGCUGGCCUGCGAGGAAUACAAGAAAACCCGCUCAAAAACAAAACUGGUUUCAAGAGCCAACAGGAUCUUUGAAGAAUAUGUUCAGAACGAGGCCCCCAGAGAGGUGAAUCUUGACCAUGAAACCAGAGAGGUGACCAGAAAUAACCUCACAGUUGUCACUCCAGCUUGCUUUGAGGAAGCCCAAGCCAAAACCCACACCUUGAUGGAGAAGGACUCCUAUCCCCGGUUUUUAAAAUCUGCCUACUACCGAGACCUGGUAGAACAAGCAACGAGCCACAGAAUGGGCAAGCCCACCCACACUUGAGUCAGUCCGUUGUCGCUGCAAGGAACUGUGAUGAGGGAACAGAGACCUAGAAUGGAAAAGAAGAGGCAGGAGCCGAAGAGGGAGGUGCUAAGAGCUUUUGAGCAGCGGCGCUUUGGCUGGGGUUUUAUCCUUGCCAGAAUGCCCGAUAGCUCAAAGGCUUACAUAUGCCCAGAAGUUCAGUUGAGGAAAAGAGAAGACCCCUCCGUAUGUGAUAAGAAACCGGGAGUUUGUGUUUUUAACAAACAAACAAAAACCUCUGGAGAAAAUUGUGCAAGGAGCAACUUGCUGUCCAGGCAAGAGAAGGAAAGCGAAGGAAGUGCGAAUUGAGUGACGGAUAACUGGGAAGGUUGAAUUCCUCUCUAAAACUGUCCACCACCUGCUGAGGACCAUUAUGUGUCUGUGCAUCCAUUUACAUGCAUCAGCAAAAGCUGCUGCUUGCUCUUAGAAGCCUUCCUCUGCUGUGCCGCUAGAUACAGACAGCAAACCUGUACAUAACGCACAAGAGCUUUCAAAUCUCCACCCUGCAGACAGCUCCAGACACCUCAGCCCUCUGCAUGGUGGUGCACCACCCUGUCUCAAAUGUGGAUUGCAAGGCUUAGUAUCCUAACAGUGUAGACAUUGCUUUGCAUUUGUACUCAGACGAAUUCUGCCACUACUUAGUUGCAUCCAUAGAUCUCUUGUCCUCUGCCCCAUGCAUGUAAGUGGGCAGGGCCUCCUUCCAUUAAUGUCUGCAGAAGGUGCGUUAUUGAAUCUGCAGAAGGUGCAUAUAAUUGAUGUAUAUAUAGUGCCUCUUAUGAACUUUACAUGCAACCUGGGGUUAUCACCCCCUUUUUUAAUUAAUUAUUUUUAUUUAUUUAUUUAUUCAUUGUUACUGUUAUUGCUAUUUAUUCAGCCCAGGGCAUUCGGUGAGCACAGCACUUUAGAAGCAGAUUUCUCAGAUGAAUCAUUGCAUCCAUCAGCCUAGAGUUGCACUCGGAGUUUCUGCUGCUACUUGGGUAACGUGAUGACAGGCAGGAUACAGAGAGGGAGGUCAACGGCAAGAGAAGGGUGACUGGGCUAGAACAGCCUUGCAACAGGCCCCUAAAAAGUUACUAGCCUGCGGACGCUUUUACUAGACCUUCUGCCCAUACACAACAGAUGCCAUUCAUUUAUGGCACAUUUUAAACAGAUUGGGGGCUCUCUUCUAGUGUUGCCAACCUCCAGAUGGUAACUGGAGAUUUCUUGGGAUUACAGCUGAUC